AUGGGCGCCCUUAGUGAAUUAUCAUCGUCAUCUGAAGACGAAGAUUCUGAGCAUUCGCCAGCUAGGCCUGCGAAAAAAACAAAUCCUGAGGUGCAACCGUCUGACAAUGACAAUACCGACGAUGAAGAAUCUUCAUUGUCAUCAUCAGAUGAGUCUACAGACAGUGGUGUCAAGAAGCCUAUUGGGAAUACCUCAGGCAACAGGGGUGGAAGGGGUGAUCCUGGAAACUUGAAGAAACCCAGGGUUGGCUCAUCAAAGGUAGACACUAAGGGACCCAAAGCGGAGGGUUCCCAAGCAACUGGUGGCAAGGAUAAUCCUAGGAAACGCUCUCGAUUCGGUUCUAUUGGGAAUUCUCCAGAUAAGCCAAUCAAUGUUGAUGAGUUUCUCUCAAUGUUUGAACCUGCAAUACUGCACGAUUAUUGCUUUGCAUGGCAUGUAUGA